AUGCGUAUUUUCUCUCCUGAAUCCCGGAUGACGCCGGCCAAUGAAUGGUAUAUGGACUUUUUGUCAAAACGAGGCGUCGACGUCAAAAGACAAAUUCCAUCGUCGGCCGAAACUGAGGGCUAUGCUUUGAUCUUCGGAAGCCUGAAUUUGAGCGAGGUGAGCAAAUUUAUCGUAUCUAAUUCAGUUUUUUAAUUCAAGUUGAACGCGGACUCGAACUACCGCUUCCACACUUUCUUUUUCGAUGCACGAACGUGCCAAAUGUUCGGAAAACCGUUUCAUUCUGCUUGGGUCGUUCCAAAAAAUGGCCAGUGUCAUUUUAAUGAGGUGAUCAGUUCAAAGUUCCUUCUUUGAACUGAAGAAGUUCUUUCUAUCAAUACUAAUUUAGGAAGUUUUCUUCCAUUGUCCAAGGGUGGAUGAAGAAAUCAGUUUGGUGUUGGAAAUCGUGGAGAACAACAAAAACGGCAACUCGACGAGAAGCGUUGGCUGGACUUCGAUGAAAGUUCAGAACUCGAACGAGCCGAUGUUGCAGUACCGUCAAAUCCCCGCAGAGAUCAAUUUGAAACUGUAGCUCAAUUUUUGCAUUCUGAUUGAAAGAAGAAGGUUCCAGCGUGGAAUUGUAUGGAGGAACGCCAAAAGUGUUGACUUUUACCAAGUCGUUCAAGUCUGUGAAAAAGGGCGUCAUCGAGUGUCAGCUCUUUUCUCACCCCAGCUUGCUACGAGUACGUUUCCUACAAUUAUAACGAAUAUUGAAGAAUUAAAACUUUCUUAUAGAGUUUCAGUCUAUUUAUAAUAACCUACAAGUCCUACGUAUGCGACGCAUACGUAGGACUUGCGUCGCAUUACUAUACGUAGGACAUACUAUGUGUAUUCAUAAAAUCAAGAUUUAAAGACUGUGAAAUAAUUAUAGUUGAUCGAAAAAAAAAACAAUAGUGGCCGUUAGUAAGAAAUAAAAAAAAACUUUUAGGAAAAUUAGGAUUGGUUGCGCAGUUCGCGUCACAUAAGCGGAAAAAAUCAUUUUCUCAUGAAGUUUUGGAUUAAAACCUCGCUAAAAGAAUGUUUCAAAAAGAAUUGCACUUAAUCUAAAUUUUCUUUCUUUCUGUUCAUAUCAGUCAAAGAGGAUAUAUCAAGGUGAUCGACUACUUUCCUGAAUUUUGUCUGAUUGGAAGCAAACAAGAAGUCCCGGGGCUCUACGGAGACUCAGAGGAAGCGCAACUGGCGUCGCCUCAUCCCAUUCCACAGAUCGCAGCUUCUCUUGAUGAGAUUUCCAUUUCAUUUGGGUUCAAUGCUAACAAAAUCGAACAAGUCAUCAUUGAAGAGGUAUCUCGUAAUUCAUAUUUUAAGAGAAAUCUCUAUGCUCUUCAGAUAACAAAGGAUCGAGCUCAAAAGGACAAUUUGCCGUUCAAUGUCGGUGUGAAAAGGAAAGUGGCUGUGAUUGAGCGGAGGCUGAAGGUUGGACUCUCAGAAAAAAAGUUCUAAAAGUCGUUUGAUAGAUUGGAGUUCACAACGGCUACUGUUACCUGUCGGAGCCCUUGUCCUUGAGCCUGAGCUGUUCAAAUCAAAAUCUGUUCUCUUCCAACUCCUUGCUCAGGAAAAGAAGAGCUCUGAGCAGCAACGACCUCAAGUUGGAGCAUUUUCCAAUUCACUUUUAGCUCGUUUCUAAUGUACAGGAAUGAAGCCAGCACGCUGUAUUUGAAUUCCCGAGUCUCCUUACCAAAAUUUUGCGAAGACUCAAGAUUAGUUAUUGUGUUCAGUUUGGAGUAUCUGUUCACCGUCGAGAAUGAUGUCAGUCGCUCAUUCAAAGUUUCCCAGAAAAAAGAAGUUUUCAGACUCAAUGCUCUCAACCGAUUCUGAUUGGUUGGGGAGCCUGGAAACCUUGCUCAAAAGGAAGUCUGCCAACGCAAGUUCAAACCAGCGGUAUUUUCAAUCAUUUUUUUUUGAGAAAAAGAACAACAUUUUAAGUUCCCUUGAUCGGCGGCCCUCGUCCGAAUCCGGAGUACGCGCUUUGUUUCAAAAAUCUUCUGCACUUGUUCCGCCGCGACGACAGUGUAUUCACCGAAAGCGCUCCUAGAAUAACGAUGUAUUUCAACUUUUUCGUCGAUCAGUUGGUCAGUGGUUUUUUUUUCUCUGUAAUCUUUGAAGUAGUGAGAAACAAAGAAAAAAGGAAAAAUGGCAGCAAAAGAAAGAAAAUUAAUCGAUUGGCUUGAAAGAGUUCAAUCGGAUGUUCUCUUUCUAAGAACGCCAAGCAGAAUCUGAAGUUUAUUCAAUGUUUUUAAACAGGUUUUCAAAAAUUUCAUUUAGUGGUAUUCGUAAAUUUUUGGAAAAUUGUAGAAUAUAACUUCUUUCUCUAAAUUGUCGUUCAGAUCAGGCCGCAAAAUGUUUAAACUAGAGCUUCCACUUUGUAGAAAAAUUGACUUAGAGAUGAAAGAAGCAGCAGAAUAUUUUAUUAUGAGUUAUUUGAGAUUGGACCAUUUCUUUGGACUUGCCUUCAAAUUUAACUGAUCAAGUGCAACUUUUCUAUUUCAGAGACCGGAGAGCGGAAUAUCCACUCAAAGAGACCAUGGAGAGGAGCAAAGGGAGAUGAUCAGAAGACAGAGAUUGCAACAGAUGGAGGAGGAGGAGUACCGACGUCAGCUGGAGGAAGAAGAGAUCAGAAGGAUUCGAAGAGAGGAAGAAAGAAGAAGGCAAGAAGAAGAAUGGAGCAGACGAAAAGAAACAGAAGAAAAAGAACGGAAAGAAGAAGAAAACCGAAUGCCGAUGCUAACCCCGAGGAACGAUCCAAUCGCUGUGAGUAAAUUUUUUCGUCUUUGUUUGGAACGUUUUCUGAAGAUCCAAAGCGCCAGAGAAGCUUCGAAAGAAGCCCUCCAAGCCAUCGAAACGUUCAUUGAAGAAGAAAUCGUCGCAGAACCGCUUUAUUGUGAGAAUACUGCCCCAACCACUAGCAGGAUCCCUCUGGAAGAAACGAGGUUGAACUUUUUGUAAAUCCAAAAAAAGGUUCCCUCUCAGGAUCAGCAACAUCCCAAGGGCCGUCCAAGCAAUCGUCUCCAAAGAGAAUGUGAUUAUUUCGAAAAAGUUUUGUUCAGGAGAAUUUUUGUUCAGUUUGGCGCCGUGAAAGACCGACACGGAGAAUCUCCAACUGUUUGUGACGUCACGGAAAAUCCUCUUCUGAGUUUCGACGUGGAAAGAAAUGACCGGCUUGACUGCAAUGAGAUCAUCUUCCAAUUCCUGGCCUACAAAAAGUUAAAAAAAUUAAAGUAGAAAAUUUUUAUGACUUUUUUCAGUAAUCGGGGAUUGCAACCCACAUCCUUUGCCAAGCUUUUCUUCUCGAUGCAGUUCUAUCGUUUUCAACAGCUUUCAACUGAAGCGUCAGUUUUUCAAUGAACUUACUGUUUCAAAGCACCCUCUAAAAAAAUUGAAAAUUUUCGUGGAGAAGUCACGUUUUUAUCCAUCUCUCGCAAUUUUGUGGGGUUCCAAGAUUUCCAAAAUCCAAAUUUGAGAUUCGAUUUUUCUCUCGAAUCGAUUGAUUUUUAGAUUCUUGGACAUUCUUGAACAUUCUUGGACUUAGAAACUGGAUAGCUCUAAAACGAAGUUUAAUGUGAUUUCAGAAUGAUUCUCUCGGGAGGAGACAAACCUGAGGCCAACGUGUUGAGGAGAUUGGAUAGAAACGGCAAAAUCAUCGAAGAUUCUCCUGGAUUUCUGGUAUCCAAAGUCUGUGACAAGUUUCAAACUUCUAUCCAGAUCAAAUACAUAAUCGAGCGGGAGAGUGAGGACGACAAGGACGACAUAAUCGCGUAUUUGGCUCAUUGCCACGUCGUCGUCGACGCCUGGGACGCAGAAUCUCUCAUUUACGUUGGAGCUGCGAUUAUUCCUCUGAGGGUACUUUUUUCGUAACACGGAAUCUUCGAAGAAAAAUAUACCUUUUUGCAUUCACUUUCCGGUAAUCGCUCGAAUUGUUUCGCAGAUGAAAAAGAUCCAAUGAAGUCUUUGAAUACGUCUGCCUUAAAUGAAUUUACUGAAACAUAUUUUAUUUUAGUUUUUUAUGAGCAACUAGUGAAAAAAAAGUUUUAUAAGGUCUUUAUUUAUUUAUUUAUUUUUUGGACUGUUGAAGUGUUUUUCUGCCUGCAGAAUACAGCAGCAGGUAAGAUAAAAAAGUUUGAAUAUAAUAAAUAUUUCAGAAUUAGGCUCAUUGGCAAAUAUGUCUGUUUUUGAUAGCAGUCGGCCAACAUAUACUUUCUGUAUACUUACUAUAUAUAGUUUAUCGAAUUUGACCUGCCAAAUGAAAAAUUUUAAGAAAAAAAACGCUUUCUUUUCAUUGCCCUUGUAACGGAGAUUACCGGCGAGAGAUUAGGAACAGAUAGUUAGACUUUUCAAGACGGAUAAUAUGAUUUUUUUGUUCAGUCGCUUCUUAGACGAGGAAAAGAAGCCGUACAGUCUUACGUGGCCUGUCCGGUUUUCGACUCUUCACGUCCCUCAACAACGUCUUCAAAUGGAGUUCUGUAUCUCCGAAUCGCCAAUAUCGGGCAUCCUUCGACUUUACAACUCGGUGAGCAGUGUUUCAUUAUUUUAUUUUGGUAA